UCGUCUACGUGACGGGUCGUCGUUUGGUUUUGAUACAAGAAUUAAACGAUACCCACGUAAAUCGUGUCGCGUGUGGCACCUGAUCGGUGAACGCGCGGAGGUCGCGUAUACCCUUGCAAGAAGUCAGCCGCGCGCACGCACGUGUGUACGUAUACACCUACCACAGCCUGGAGGGGUUUAUCAGCAUUCAGCAUUGCUUUGCUGGCACUGUUACACACUUUACUUCACUCUCGUCUCGGUCUCAUAUAGUGUUCAUUUACCUAGCCACCUAUUCCGCUGAAAAACGACGCAAACGAUCGAGUGUCUGGCUCCAGAAAGUAAGGACCUUGGGACCGGAAGUUCCAAGCGUGUUAUUAUCUUCGGAAGUCUUUCGUGUUUUCGCUGCAAUGGUAUUUAAUUUAUCCACGAGGAAACUUACUUUAACGCCGCUUAACACGCCGUUUCGGUGAUUAACCAUCGAAGGAAUAUACACAUUUAUGUUCCACUGAAGAAUCACUAGUGACCCUACCCCGUGUUACAUCGUCAGUGGUUUAUGGUGAUACACUAAAGACUUGUCAUGCUAUACAAUUUUUUGUAUCGGAUUUAAGGAAGAAUUCUACAUGGAAGUAUGUCGAUUUCGCUGAAUACGUGGUCUACAAUGUCACUAGAUUUUCGCAGAUAUCAAAUCCGUAACGAUAACGCGUUGAUACCGAUAUCUUGAUUGUGUACACCAGUUCAGUAUUGUCUCCGGAGGGGUCCCGUGUCGCUCUUACUCUAUACAUAUAUUCACAAUGGAAAACGAUGAGCUAGUGCUGUAUUUCGCUAUAGCAGGUGGAGUCAUCGCUGGUUUUCUAUUACUUCUGUUCAUUUUGGUUUGCAUACUCUUUGUCAAACUGAAUCGAUUAGCAGUCGACGGGUCCAAUCAAUUAAAUAGACAAACGAGUAUGAUGGCAGAAUUUUGUUACACGAAUCCAACGAUCGUGCCUGGCGAACUGCUCUCUCGUCGUGGUUUCUCAAUGUACAGUGGUUCGGAAAACAUUAACGACGACUACGGGACAAAGAGUAAAGAUUAUUACGGAACAUAUAACGAGUCACGAUCAAGAUUUUGACAGGGAAAUGUCAUGAAACGACAUCGAAAACGUGUUAUUCAUGUAACAUCGACAAUUAUACUCUGUGUUACUUUAUAAAGUAUACGACUCGCGUAAAUUUAAUCGUUAAAUCAUCUGCCAUAUAAUUUAUUUAUCAAUACAUAUAUACAUAAUUAUUUAUGUAAAAGAUCGUUAUCAUUUAUGUUAUUGUGUUGAACACAUCUAAAACACUACGGCAAUUAUGUAAUGUAACAUUACAAUUUUAUAAAUUAAGGAUAAUGUAUAUAACGAUUGAGAGAAUCAUGCUUUCGAAAUAGUUCAUUCAAUUCUGAACAGAUGUCGCCACGUACCUUAGAUCUAUCCGCUCCCGACAGACCGCCAGAUACAAAUGUCAGAACUGCACGUGUUGAUAACAGGAGGCAUGAACAGAUUAUAAAAGUUCUGUAGAGUAAGUAGAUUAUAAUGAACUAUGUACGGUAUACAUUUCCUAAUAUCCUCAAUUAUUUAUUUUACAUUAACUAUCGACAUUGAUUGGAAUCGUAUUGAGUCGCUAGACGACUAUUCGUUCUGUUUGUAAUUUAUAUUG